CCCGGACUUAGCGAGUGAAAGUCAACCCACCUAUAAUAAUAAUCUAAAAAAGAAAUUAAAUAAACAUUAAAAAAUAGAAAAUCAAAUAAAUCGGCAAAUACUAUAAAAGAGGCCACUGGUUCAUUACAAGAAACCUAAUUUCGUAUUAUCUCCUCUCUUCCUUCGAAACUCUCCUCACCGUCUUUGUUUCGCUUAAAUGCCCCUUUCCGACAACAACUCAUCCAACGACCCGAUGAUCCGACCCGUUUCAAUCUCCGUCGAUUUUCCACCGGAAUCUUACUCCAUAUCCAAAGAAGAACAGCUCGAGUGGUUCAACGAGAACGCCUUCUUCGAGCGUAAAGGAUCACAGAAAGGAAUCCAACCUUCCACUCAGAAUCACAAUCCAAACCCUAACUCGAGCUCUCAGAGAAUCUCUCUCAACUCCAAAACCUCGAUGAUCAGAUUACCGAAGCCGCAGAAGACGUGUUUCAACGAAGUGACGAAACGGAGAAACUGCAGAAUCGCGAGGACGCUUAUGAUCCCGAAACGGAUCGGGUCGAGGUUGAAGUCGGAGCCUUCUUCUCCGAAGGUGUCUUGCAUUGGGAGAGUGAGGUCGAAACGUUGUGAUCGUAGCCGUCGAAUGAAUAGACAGAAAUCCGGUCGAACCGAUUCAUUAAAGGAUAAACCGGUUCCGGUUAAGAAACCCGGGUUUUUAUCGACGUUUAGAGCGUUAUUCAUAACCGGUGGCGGUUGCAAAAACAUAUCCGCGAGUGGCGUCCACGCGCCAGAGAAGGAGGUGGCCGUUGCGGCGAGAAGGUCGAGAGAUAUUAGAGAACGGCUUCCGCCGGAAGUUGUCGGAGGAUCUUCUCCGCCGAGGAUGAGUACCGGUCCGAGGAGAUCUGUAGACGGUGAGGAACCGGUAUUACCCGGUUUAGGAGGGGUGACGCGGUUUAAAUCGGGGAGAAGACCGGAUUUGUUUGUAGAAGUUUGACGUGGCGUGACGUGCGGCGUUUACAAUGUGGAUAGGUGAGAAUUGGUGGGCCCCUGUGUUUUAAGCUUACGGAGUAAACAAAGAUGGUGAUUGGUUGGCUGUUCAUGGGCUUUUAUGGGGCCCAUAAGCGUGUGUUAUUAGGAAAGUCGAUGGCGCUGACGUGGCCACCGGUUUAGCGGAGUAAGGAACACGGCGUAGGAAGAGAACACGCGCACACUUUCUCGCGUUCAAACCUAACUUCCACCGUUUUGUAUAUCAUAGUAAUAUUAUUGUGUGCCCUUUUUUCUCUUCUUAAGACUUUUGAUUAGUUUUGCUUUUUCUCUUGGACUUUGGGUUGUACAUAGGUGUUAUUAUUUAUUUGUGUAUAUGUGUUUUCUUGUAGAAUUGAUCAAUAAUCUAAAAAAUAAUUAAAUGAGUAACGG